CCUGGCCGUUAGCAGCUUCAGUUGGUGUUGUUGUGGCGGCGGUUGGAGCGCGAGGCCCCGGGUCCCGGGCUCGGCAACCGGUCACUGCACGAGCCGUUAGUGCAGCAAGUGGAGGCGAUGCAAUGCAAUGCAAAGCACGAAGCCGCAGGAGGAAACCCAGUGGCGCUCUGGCAGCAUCUGUGGAGGGAACGGACAGUCGAGAGAGCUUCUACAGACCGCAAGUACCAAUCUGAAGAAUCGGCUACUGCCACCCUGAAACCAUGAAUCAUAAACUCACCAAUGAAGAAAUAGAAGAGCAGUUUGAACAAUUCUUGAAAGAGUCUGUUUCAGAUGAAUCUGUUGAUUUAGGAAAUUCACCAAAAUCCAGUGUUCUGAAUUCAUUGGGGAAGCAUAAUAGAAAGGAAACAAAAAAGGAUACAAAACCGUGGUGGAUUAAUGAAGACGAUUCUGACAAUGGGCAACCCCCUCUGAGAAGGUUUACCAAACUGAAAAGACAGCCAGCUGUCAUUGAUGCUGGCACUGAAACACUGAAGAUAGAAAUUGGUGAAGAACACAAUGGAAACCCACAAUCACAAAGCCCAGGUUCACAUGAGGAUAUGCUGCCAACCAAUCAGAGCUAUCUCAAAUCUCAGAGAUUCUCACAAUCAAUUGCAGAGACUGAAGAAGAGCAACAAGCGGAGAAGAUUUUGCUCCAAGGUGAUGAGCGGUCUUCAGUGUCCAUCAGUAGAGACAGUUUGGAACCAAAUGACUCUAUUGUGGCAUCAGGCCCUGCACAAACCACUAUUGGACCUGGACUUGAUACACUCGAAGAAGAGGAGGAGAAAGAACAGUUUUUUGCUAAUCUUGAGACGGGCGCUUCCUCUACUAUUGACUAUUCAAGGCUAAUUAAAGAGCUUGAAUCGACAGGUUCAACAGCCAUAAAUGCUUUGAAUCAACAAGAAGAUGAGUUUGCAGCAUUAGAGGAGGAGGAAACAAAUGAAGUUGAGUCUCCAAGACCUAAAAGUGUCACCGCUUCAAGACACUAUAGUGAAGAUUUUGAAGAGGAUUCUGUUCAGAUUGGUGAAGAAUUUGAAUCAAAUAAUAAUAUAACGAAAGCUAAAUAUAUUCUAGAUGGCAAUGAAGAUGCAAGAGAAGCCAAAGAACAGGAAGUAAAGCCAGGCAUGCUAGCAAAAGUCAUACUGCUAGAUUCAUUAGAUUCAACGCUGGAUACACAUAAGUUAUUACAAUCUGGGGAUGACCGAUCUAUGGAAAAACAAUCAACAGAUGGAAAAAUUGGACUGGACACAGCAUCUCAAAUGAAUGCCACAGCUAUUUCCGGUGGGCAAACUAACAGUGAUAUUGAAGCCCUACAUCAAGCGUAUCGUAAAAUUGAUCAGUCUCUGGAAAGUACAGGGGCGGGACAAGAUUCAAUAAAUGGAAGAGACACUAACUUUGCUCUGCAUCCUCAGAGCCAUGUUGGAGACUCGGCAAAGAAUAUUUCCACAACUGAAUCUGAUUUGCCUACAGUGGAAGAACUAAUGAAACCUAUUAAAGGGGAUGCUCUAUUUCCAAGAGGAUUUGACUUGCAUUCAAUAAGUACAAAUGCCCAGCAGGAGGGUGAAGUUGCAGCAACAUGCAGUAAACAGAUGGAUUCCAGUGGUCCGAGUCUCUUUCAACCACAGCUUAACUCUAACACUUCAUGUGAAAGACACACAUACCAAGAAGUAUCUGAGAGUUCAUUGAAGGAAAAUGCAAACCACACAAGUAGAAUUUCUGAUGAUGAUGUGGAAGCCUUAAUUAAUGAAAUAAAAAAUGAUUCUGCAAGCAAACACAGUCUCAUAGCUUCCACUUCACAAGCUGUUUCCCACCGAGAUUACCAGAUUUACGCCAAGGCCAAAAGCCCAAGCUUAACGAACAAGAAGCACUUUGGUGGAAACUACACAUCUGUCAGAAGCUCGGGAUAUGGCAAAGUUAGUACAUUGAAAAAAGAUCCCCUUGGUGCUAGUGAAAAACCGACUCAUUUAUCUCCAACAAAGCAAGCUGUGCCAGUGAAAGGCUUUACAACUAGAUCCUCACCUGACCAUACAAAAGGCAGACCUAAAGGACAGUUAUUUAUAACACAGACAAUCAGAUCAGAAAAACAAAAACCUGCAGAAAAUAACCUUGAAAAUCCACUGUUUACUUCAAUGCAGUCAUCCUUUACACCACUUCAGCGACAGAUGAACAGUGGGCCAAAUCAUACAAAAUUACUUGGUGGCCUCGCACCAGAACAAUUAAUUACAAGAGACAAUUGGGAGCUUUCAAAAGGAAAUGGACAAAGAUUGUCGGAGCCCGGUAGCGUAUGUAGGGAACUUGUCCUACUGCAAAAACUAGAAGAGGCACAUGAGAAAUGGAGCACAGAGCACGGCCUGGUUGAAAAGCUGAAAGAAAAGCUGGAAAGGAAAGAAGAAGAACUUGUUGGCAAAAAUGAAGAACUGAAGAAACUUCCUCAAUUAAAUGAGGAGAUUUACAUGCUUCAAUCAAAGCUGUGCAGCUUGGAAACUAGUAAAAAAAAAUUAACAAUUGGAGGCAUAUUGGAUCCUGUGACUGAAGAAAAACUUAAGUUAAUUGAAAAGGAAGUUCAAGAGCAAGAAACUAUUAUUCACGGCUACGAUCAGGAAAAUGAAAGGCUUUGCACGCAGGUGAAAGAUUUGCAAAUGGUUAAUAAAAGAAAUGAAGAGAAAAUGUUCAAUGAAUCCCGCCAGUUAAUGUCGGAAAUACGACAACUAAAGGAACAGUUGAAGAAGAAGAAUAUGAAGCAAGUGUCAAUCCAUGAUGUACAGCCAUCUGAGCAAAAUAAAAAUCAGAAUAUUGACGACUUGGUUUCACAGCUUAGAAUUCAACAGAGAGAAGAGGUUAAGCUUACAGAAGAGAUUAAAAAACUUAAACAAGAGAAACAAGCAUUAGAGGUGGACCUAGAAAAAAUGAAGAAAGAAUGUAAUAUGGCUAAAGAACAACUUACUAAUACCUCAGGUGAUAAAGAUUUUGUAAUGAAAAUAAUGGAAGAACAGAAUAAGCAAGAAAUCCAUCGUCUCACCAAGAGGUUGCAAUGGUAUGCAGAAAACCAGGAGAUGUUGGACAGGGAUACCGCACGGCUUAAAACAGCAAAUGUAGAGAUUGAGAAGCUAAAGGAGCAGAUUGAAAAGCUUGCAGCUGAUUCCAAAGUCAGAAAUUCACCUCCUGAGAAACGUGCAAAGGGCAGAGCACUUGAAGCCAAGCGAAUUCAGGACCUUGAGCGACAAGUGAAAGAAAUGGAAGAGAUAAUUCGAAGGCGCUAUCCAAAUUCCUUGCCUGCCCUUAUUUAUGCCGCGGCUUCUGUACCUGAUGCAUCAGCUGAAACUGAAGGCAACCUGUAUUCAAGAGCUUUUUAUGAAAAAAGGAUAAAGAAGCUAGAAGCUGACCUAGAGGGGAAAGAUGAAGAAGCAAAGAAGUGCUUGAGAACAAUGGAACAACAGUUUCAAAAAAUAAAGAUUCAGUAUGAACAGAGAGUCUCGGAGCUUGAACAAUAUUUAACACACAAAAUAGUUAACGAAAAGGAAAAACUAGAUGCUGAUUCCAAAAUGAAGAUACUUGAAGAAGAAAUUCUCAAGUUGAAAGAAGCCCACAAGUUCAAAGAAAAUCAUCUCAGGGGUGACAUUGAAAAGCUGAAAAAUCAGCUUUACCAGGCAGAAUUAAAACUGAUGGAAAGAGAAGAUAGCUCCCUACGAAUGGUUGACCAGCACAUGCACAAUUCAUAUCAACAAGCUAAGAUUGAAAAACUCAAUUUAGAGCUAGCUGCAAAAAACCGAGAGAUACAAGAGCUUUCAAAGACUUUAGAGCGUCUUCAGGCCGAGAGAAGAUUGCUCCUUAAUAAUAAAACAGCUACUGACAAAUAUGAUGCUCGGCAGAAGUCCACCAAGAAGUCCAGAAAAGGAAAAGAGUCUUUCCCAGCAGCAUUUGAUGAAAAAGCUUAUCAGCCAAAUGACUUCUCUGAUUCUCAUAUAUCAGAGGUUCUGAAAGAAAAUGACAUAUUGAAGAACAACAUAGAAAGAUUGUCUUUGGAAAUGGACAAGCAACGAGUACAAUUGGCCCAGUAUGAAAAUGAAGUGAGGAGGACCCAGGGAGGCCUUUCUGAGCAUGUUGCAGCAUUAAACGCGUCUCAUCAACAAGAAAUAGAACAGAUAUUGACGCAGCAUGCUCUGGAACACUCCUCCUCCAAAGUGGCUGAAUUGACGAAUAAAAUCACUGCUCAAGAGGUUAUGAUAAAGCACCUUCGAGAACAGAUUACUGAGUUGCAGAAUGAUCGUGAGGCACUUUCGUUUGCAAAACUCCGCGAGGAAAAGCUGCAGACACAGAUUGCCAAGCUCUUCGAUGAACUCGGGGAAGCCAAGGAGAAUCACAGUCCAGAGAUGAGGCACUUUGUGGCAUUGGAAAGGAAAAUUCAGAAGAUGGAGCUCAAGUAUGCUCAGAGAGAGCAGGAAUUCCAACAGUUAAUUCAGAAAGCUCGGCACUCUGCUGAUGCGGAUCAAAUUCAAGAGGUGGAGAAGUGGAAGAAGCUAGCACAAUUGAAAAAUUAUGAACUGGAACAUUUCCGAACGGAACUCGAUUCCAUACUGGACGUUCUCCGUGAACUGCAGAGACAAGGAAUUGUGAUUCCAGCUCCUAGUUCCGUUCGACAGAAUAUCGCAACAUUUACUAGGCAAUUGUAAUACUAUAAACAAAUUGAUUCACUUUUAUUAUGUUAUAGAGUCUCUCACUGGCAUGUGUAUGCAGACGAGUAGCCUGUGAGGCUCAACCAUCUUGACGGCUGCUCACAAAAUCCAUUGUACGUGUAUUUCCAAAGGUCAUAAACUGUUUGGAUGAAGUGUUUGGCACCUUCCCCUUAUCUGAAGUUUUAGCCUCCUGCAGCUCGAGCCAAUCGGCACAAUCUAUUAAGGGAAUUUUGCUUGAGUACAUCUAAUUUCCUUAUUAAAAUCCUUUCACUGAGAGCGCCUCAUUGAUAUAUUACUAUCUAGCAAGUCUGCAAGACAGUGAUGUGUAUCUGAAAUACUUAUGAUAUUCAUCCAUUUGUUUUUGAACAUUAAUAUUUUUGUACAUUUUUGUGAAUAUAUUUGCCAGAUACGCUAGUCAUUCAUAUGUUACUACAUAAUCUGAUAUUAGGGCCAGGAUUUGGUAAAUUAUGUAUACACUGUGUAUAACAACACAUAUUUGGAAGCAAUGAUUGAUUUAGAUGACAAUUUCUCCUUAAUUUAUAACUUCAGUGCGAAUAAUAUCACCAAAUAGUUUCAAAAACGGAAUACCCCAAUAAAAAUGAACCACCCACAACACAGGAGAAGAGAUUAGUUAUUAAAUAUCUCUUUGUCCAUUUACAACUGUACAUAUUAUUGGGAGUUUUUUGAUAUGUUCUUGAACUGUAAACAUUUUAGUAAAGUACCUAUCAAAGUCAGCUUGUUCCAAUGAAAUGUACAUUUUCUUUUGAUAAUAUACAACAAAUUGAAGCAUAAGUAUUUAUGUAUAUUUUGGUUUUGUCAUAAUAAAUCAUAUUAAUUUUGACAUCAAAA